AUGUCAAAUGGUACGAAAGCAAAAAUAGCCCGGAUGGCUUUUGUAUUUGUCUAUGGAACGCUGAAACGUGGCGAGCCGAAUGCAUCAAUUAUGGCAGAUCUGAUAACCGGAAUGCAAAGAUUCAUAGGAACGGGUAAAACUGUCAAUGCAUAUCCUCUGAUUAUUGCUUCUGAAUAUAAUAUACCGUUUUGUUUGAACAAACCUGGAAUUGGUAAUCGUAUAAAUGGUGAAUUGUAUGAAGUUGAUGAGCAAAAAUUGGAGGUACUUGAUGAAUUCGAAGGACAUCCAACUUUCUACCGCAGACAGCUAGAAGAAGUUGAAAUGGAUCAUAGUGGUACCGUUGUAACAGCAUGGAUAUAUAUGUUAUCCAAAUGGACGCCAAAUUUACUUCAAAGCUCUACUGAGUAUUUGGAAAUGUACAAUUCUAAUGGAUCUCACAAUCGGCCAUACAUUAAAAGUAGUUCCAUUCGGCGAUUACGAAUGGAACUACUGAAACCAAUCAGUACUGUCUAUUCUGCGAUAUAUUCCAGAAAGGCCCGUGGAAAUUGGUAUUAA